AUGAAUCUGCAAGGACUGCGACAGAUACAACAGGACCCUGAAGUUCGAGAAUUAGCAGCUGUUCGGGAUAAAUUAUGCGCUCAGAUCGAGGACAUGUUCAGUGUGGUCGAAAUGGCGAAGAAAAAACCAAUCUAUAAUGACUACCAAGCCGUAAAGGCAUGUCUUGCUGCUACCAUCCAAAAGAAGGAGCGUGCGUUGCUGAAGUGGAUUCAGAAGGCGUACAACUUAAAUGCCCCCGUUUUGGCCAUCCAGCGCCAGUUGAAUGGGGAACAAUCUAAUAAUGAUAAUAAUAAUGACAAUAAGGGAAAUAUUCCUACUAAAACCGCCCCCACUCGGAUUGCUGAAAGACGCUACAUCAUGGAAUGUAUGGUGCGCGAUCCAUCUAUAUUUAGCAAUUAG